AUGUCUGUUUUCUCAGCCCUUGGAGACAAUCCUUAUCCAACAGGCUUCAUCCGAGGAACCUUUGGAGCUGAACUGGGUGCAGGAGCUGAAGUCUCCGAGUUGCUUGGAUUUGCCUUUACUGGAACCACACAGGAUAUUGUGGGAGGAUCAGUUGUGACGGACAUUGAUGCUGCAGUUGGGGCUGGUAUUGGAAGUGCUUUGGUGUCAAAUCUCAAUGGACUUUAUUCCCUGGAGUUUACUUUAGGUGGAGGCAUUGGUGGUGGCUUUGGUAUUGGAUAUGGCAUCACUUCCCCAUUGAAUGGAUCAAACCAGCCAACAAUCUCCCCGAGCACAUCUCCGAGCAGUUCCCCAUCAGUCAGCAAUUUGCCAAGCAUUAGCUCUGCUCCAUCAACCAGUGCUCAGCCCAGCAUUUCCCCGUCAGUCAGCAUAAUGCCAACUAGUACCUCUGCUCCAACAACCUGUGCUCAGCCCAGCAGCAAGCCUUCCCUCCUUCCUAGCUAUGUUCCAUCGCUCAGUGUGCAACCCAGCACAACCCCAAGCACUUCCCCCAGCAGUAUCCCUUCUGAUCUACCAAGCUCAUCCCCAAGCAGCAUGCCAAGUGCAAUGCCAUCAGCCCAGCCAAGUGAUGGUCCAAGUAGGACACCCAGCAACACACCUUCAGCUGUCCCUUCAGCUAUCCCUUCAGCCAUCCCUUCAGGCCAGCCAAGCUCGCCCCCAAGCAUCAGUGGAAGUGCAUUACCAUCACUCCAACCCAGUGCUGCUCCUAGCAGGACACCCAGCAGAAUCCCUUCUGCUCUACCAAGCUCAUCACCAAGCAGCAUGCCCAGUGCAUUGCCAUCACUCAUGCCCAGUGCCGAUCCUAGUAGCAACCCCAGCAGUGCACCUUCUGCUCUGCCAAGCAUAUCCUCAAGCAGGAUGCCAAGUGCAUUGCCAUCGCUCAUGCCCAGUGCGGGUCCUAGCAGGACACCCAGCAGUGCACCUUCGCUUAUGCCCAGUGCGGGUCCUAGCAGGACACCCAGCAGUGCACCUUCUGCUCUACCAAGCUUAUCCCCAAGUGCAUUGCCAUCACUCAUGCCCAGUGAGGGUCCUAGCAGGACACCCAGUGGGGAGCCUUCCGCCAUUCCAAGCUUAAGCUUGAGCCCCAGCCAGGCUCCUACAAAGCCUUGUUCAUCAACUACAACUUCAGAUGUGUGCACACUUAUACAAGAUGGGGGACAAUUGGAUGUUUGUUUUGAUUCUCUGUUGCCUGCCACCAGUGAUGUGACUGUUCAAACUUUCACCCGGGGUGAUCUGGGUGGUGGGUCAGAGUUCUAUGAUGUAUUUGACCAAAAUGGAAACAUCUUGGGACAAAACAAUGGUUCUGGUGGGAGUGACUGCGAUUCAAUCUAUGGUCAGGCUGAUUUUGUUGUGGCACAGGCCACAUUCAACUCUUGGGUAGCCGCUGGCUUUGUCAGUUUCAUAAUGGAUGCCUCUACAGACUACCGCACCCAGCUUAAGCUUGGCACCAAGCCUGAGCUCGGUACCAAGCCAAAUACCAAGUAUGAUUCCAAGCUUGCCACCAAGCAUAAGCUUGGCUCCAAGUGUGAUUCCCAGUCAGGCUCCUACCAAGUCUUGUUCAACAACUACAACUUCAAGUGUGUGCCCAAUUACAACAGAUGGGGUAAGUGA